AUGACUGGUAUCGCAUAUACUCAGGUUACAAACGAAAACUUUGAAAGCGUCUACAAGGAUAUUGUAGACAAGAUCGCAACGGCAAAGUAUGUUGCCAUGGACAUUGAGUUUACUGGGCAAUGUCAAACGAUCCAUAAGCAUAUGGAUCAACGUUACGUCGAACUUGCUAACGUGGUAAAAAAGAGCGCCAUGGUAUCGUUUGGCGUAUCUAUCAUGGCUCCAAAUGGCACUCUUGAGAACUAUGAUGUUUUGCUUGUCAAUCAAACCGUGCACCAGGUGGAUCCAUCCAAUCUGCUCUUUCUCGCCCACCAUGGAUUUGACUUUAACCGCCAACUACGCUAUGGCCUUGGUUACCGACCUGGGGUAUUCAAUGUGUUGAAUCGACCCAAGGAGAUCAAGAUCAAAAGGGGUGUCCGCGAGCUUUGGGUGGAUAUUCAUCGACAACUACGCGCUCAUCACGUGCCACUCGUCGUACACAAUGGAUUUAUCGAUAUGAUGUACCUGUAUCACUCUUUUAUCACUACGUUGCCUGCCCAAUUUCAACAUUUUGUUGCGGAUCUAGUCGACGCAUUCCCUGGUGGCAUCUACGAUACCAAGUAUAUAGCUCGAAAGAUUCUCGAUGAGGAAGUGAGUUUUCUCGCAUAUCUUUAUUAUCAAUACAUGCGUCGAGACAACAAGCGUAAGCGUGAGGGAGAUGAUGAUGAUCAGCAACAGGCAACCAAAAAGCUACGUGAUGACCCAUCGUAUAUGCCUCCUCCCAUCUGCGAUGAUUAUGCUGCACGUGGGUAUUGUGAAGGUGGAUACAAGUGCGUUUUUUCGCAUGAUCUAAACCGAAUCCUUGAACGCGAUGAAAACCUCCGUAACAGCAAGUCUAAAUCGAAUCCACAAAGUCUUGUUACACCCGUCCCAGUAACCAACGCACACAACGCAUACUUUGAUGCGUAUAUGACGGCCUAUAUUUUCAAUCACAUGACAACCAUGAUGGGAAAGGAGGCGAUGGAACAACAAAUCGGCAAGCUUUAUUUGAUGCGUCUUGAUUUUCCGUUACGUCUUAUCAAAAGCCAAUUUGCGAAUACCACUGAAGAAUGGAACACCAUGAAAAAGCACAUCGACGAGAGCAAGCAAUAA